UGUGUUAAGAAAAAUGUCAGGCAAGGUCUAUAUCAAUGCCGCAUUCCCUUCAUCAAAGCCAUUCCAAGUCUAUUUCUUCAUGAAAAACAAGUAUAUGAGGCUGUAUUACACUCCCGGAGAAUUAGGUGAUGAAAUUCUGACUCCUCUUGAAUUGGUUAGUACUGGUUUUACAUCACUUGCAGGAACGCCAUUUGCAGAACAAGGAAUAGACUGUUCUUUCAACACUGAAGGCAGUGAAGCAUAUAUCUUCUCGUACAAUAACUGUGCCUACAUAGACUAUGCUCCGAACACAGGAAACGACAGGAUCCUCGUAGGUCCUACCACAAUCGAUGAAAUGUUUCCCGACCUUAAAAACACGUGGUUUGCUGACGGUGUGGAUGGUGCAUUUAGGUCAACCAGAGACAAAGAAGUUUACAUAUUCAAGGGAAAGCAGUAUGCUCGCAUUAAUUAUGAUACCAAGAAACUUACUCAGCGCUUUUAUGGGAUCAGCGAAGGGUUCCCUGUUUUGAAAGGUACGAUCUUUGAAAAUGGAAUUGAUACGUGUUUUUCUUCUCAUUUGGAGAAUGAAGUUUACCUUUUCAAAGGAGACGAGUAUGUGCGUAUGAAAGUCGACCCACAUGGAAGUCAGGACACACUUAUGGAUUUUGUGAUUCCUAUCGUUGAAGGUUGGCCAGAACUUAAAGACAUUUUGCCACUCUCAUGA